AUGGCCACACGAUCUCCACGCAUGGCGUCCAGCAUCGCCAACAGACAGUCAGACUUCCCAGCGACCUCAAGACUUCAAAAGACACAAAUAACUAACAAACAUACAGGCAGAUCCCCAUGUCCCGGAUUAAAUGUCCUAGCAAAUCACGGCUGGUUACCACGAUCUGGGAAAAAUAUCGACAUAUCAAUGUUUCGAUUAGCCAUAAAAGAAGCCUACAACUACGUCCCAACUGCACUUGAUUUCGCCUUCGAACAAGCCCUAGACUUCAACCUCACCACGACCGGAAAUAGCUCAACAAUAAACCUUGCAGACUUAGCAAAACACGACGAUAUAGAAUUUGACGGGUCACUAUCCCGAAACGACAUCUACUUCGGCGAUAAUUUGCAUUUUGACCCCGUUAUCUGGCGGACAGUUGCUAAACACCUUCGCUUAUAUGAGACAUUGGGUGAAGAGAAGAAUAACUAUGUUACUGUUGAAAUGGCGGCUAAGGCUCGCGCUGCACGCGUGGCGGAGGCUAAGAAAGUGAAUCCGAGUUUCAACGCUUCGGCUAAUGAAAUGAGUGGUAGUCCUGGGACUACUGGUCUUUACUUACUAACUAUGUGGGACGAUAACUUCGGUGCUGCCCCGAAGGCGUGGGUUCGUGCGUUUUUUGAAGAUGAACGUAUUCCUUAUCUUGAGGGGUAUCAGCCUCCUAAGGUACCCAGAACUUCGGCAAAUGUCACAGAUAUGGCUAUAAGAGUUGGGGCAGUGAAGGUCUAG